UGGCACGGUGGUGAUUUGGAUGUUUGCGGGAUGCAUCAGCUGCUUAUGCAUUUCGCGUAUGUGCCGCAAUACACGUUUCACUGAGCUCUAUGUUCUUUGAGAAUGGACGAUUUGAGAACAUUACACAGGGUCCCACUAAUGCUAUCCUGGCAGUCGCCACUCUAACCAAUACUCGGCUCUCUAUCUGCUCUCGAAGCGAGAUAAGCGACAAGCUAUCAGUCGCUGCCCUGUUUUUAGAUAAUGUAGCGAUGUUCGCUUGUUCGAUUCGUUUAGUGAGUCCUCGGUGGCCGUAGUGAUUGUUCGGUCUCCAAUGAUCCACUCAGUUAAACUGCCAAAUCGUGACAGUUAAAUAUAAGUGUUUUUUUACCACGCAAAGCACUCCUUAGCCGAACAUCAGUUGUCAAAAGCUUUUGAUGGGUGAUAUUCGGUCAGCGCAGGUUACCUGGUAACGCACAGGCUCGUGACAACAGAACGUCUCAGGACCUGGCGGCUGUUAUUGGAAUGGGUGCAGCAUCACAGCUUUGAGAUAAAGAGCAAAGCUUGGAAGAACAAGAAUGGGAGGGUGCCUGGCAACCGUGAUGUUUUGGCUGUUUUCCGGCGUCGUGGCGCUGUUGGUGGCGGUAGCAGUCGACCUGGCUCUGCUGCCUCGAUCACGCUUUCACACCUGGCGCUCCCUGGUUCUGAUGUACCUGGUGCGUCGCUACUGCCAACUGGUGGGCUGGUACAACUGGAGGAAAGUCAGCGCCAAGUACUCGGACCUUCGUGGCGCACAGGAGCGAUUUGUUCUGAAAGUCGUGAAGACCCAUGCCGACAGUGACUAUGGACAACAUCACAGCUUUGCAGACAUUCACUCACUCGAGGACUUCCGCCGUCUACAUCCGGUUACCGACUACAGUCACUACAAGUCUUACAUUGAACGUGCAAUGCAAGGAGACGUGCGAGCCCUCUUCGGUCCGGGCCAGGAGCUUGCCAUGUUCUACUGUUCCUCUGGGACCACCGGCGUCAGCAAGUACAUCCCGAUGACGAGGACCGGUUUCAAAGAACAAUACCUGAAAGUAGUGGGCUGUAUGUACGGCUUCAUCGGCAAGUACUACUUUCCCUGGAACUUGUACAAGGUGGCAACUUUCCCAUGCGCGCCUCGAUGGAGGUACACGUCAACGGGUGUGAAAAUCGGACCAAGUUCGGCACACCGGCUCACCAGUAAAGUACUCUCUUCUCAGUAUACAAUGCCUGUUGAGGCCAACAUCAUCAGGAAGGAGGCGGAGGCGAUGCACGUAGCAUUCGUGCUCGCUCUCAGGGAUCGCGAUGUCUAUUUCUGGGAGGCGGGAUUCUCCUUCAGUCUGUGGAACCAGCUGCAAUUUUUGGAGCGAAACUGGCCUGUCAUCGUCAAUGACAUCCGCUGUGGCAGACUCAGUCCGGCACUGGAUAUCACUGAAGAGCAGCGAAAGGCAAUCGACUCCCUCCUCAGCCCCGACUCCGAAAGGGCCGCUGAGUUGCAGAAGGAGUUCGAACGAUGCUUUGACGGAAUCGUACCAAGGGUUUUCCCAAACGUGCAGAUGGUAAUGGCCCUGUCCUCCGGAACUUCGAUGGCUGUGUACAGUGAAAGGUGCAAAAAGUACCUCGGACACUUGCGCAUUGCCUCUGCAGUAUAUGGUGCCUCCGAAGGUGCCAUUGGCGUCAAUGUCAAAGAACCCGGAAAGCAGCCGGAGUAUGCCCUAGUGCCUGAAGCAGACUUCGUGGAGUUCCUGCCUGUGGACGAGUCUGGGGAGGCGGAGGAGGGCGCCACUCCACUGUUGGCUUCAGAGGUCAAGAUGGACCAGCUGUACGAGGUGGUGCUGACCAACGCCACCGGUCUGUACCGUUACCGGAUGGGGGACGUGGUGCGCGUGGUCGGCUCCUACCACGGCACGCCCACCGUCGACUUCCAGUUCCGCGCCAAACAGAUGCUCAACGUGCACAUGGAGAAGGUGUCGGAGGCGGCGUUCACGGGCGCGCUGCGACGGGCCGUCGACGGGUGGCCGGACCACCAGCUGGUGGACUUCACCACUGCUGAGAGCGUGCUGGACCCAGCCGCUGCCGGCGGUCGGUCGGCCGACUCGGCUGGCUCACCUCCCUACUAUCUGGUGCUGCUCGAGCUCUCCGGACCCUCGCUGCCAUCACAGCGAAUUGACGACAUCGACGCCACCCUGCAGCAAGAGCACUUUGUGUACCGGUCGUUCCGCGUCAAGUCCUCGAUUGGUCCCAUGAGGGUGGUGCGUGUUCAGCCGGGUACUUUUGCUGCCUAUCGUCAGCACGUCUUUGAUACCACUCAGACCACUAUAAAUCAGUUCAAGCAGCCUCGAGUUCUUCGGACGGAGGAGCAAGUCAAGUUCUUCUUGGACAGAGAACUAUAGGUUCUGCAUCAGUCACAACUAGUUAUUCUAGAGUCAAGUUUCGUAGCAAGUAUCUGCUAUGAAGUGAAUGCGCAGUACCUAAUUUCAUUCCAUCUCAAGCAAGAAGAAAUUAAAUAACAUUUGCUUUGAUAUUUCCCUACAUAUGCGGACUGCAGUGAUGACAUAUGUAGCCGACAGUUCCCACUGUGCAAUGACUAAUAAAGCGCAUGGAAUGUUUA